AUGGCAUUCAACACGACGAAAUCACAUGAACCUAAUCCAAAAAAACAUUCAACGACAGAUCCUGUUCAUUUACUAUCCGAUGUUGAUGAAAGUAACUUUGAUAGACCACGUUCUGUUCACAGAACACUGCCAGCUGAUUCCUCUAAAUUCAAACAUGAGAAAUCUUAUGACGAAUCAUCGCUUAGCCAACGAUACUUGUCAACCGAUGUAAUUUCUUCAACAGGCAAUGAUGAUCUGACACCCGAUAUUACUCCUGGACCAGCUGCAUACAACAUAGGUGGUACGAUGAAGGCGAUGUUUCGAUCAUCGCCUGCUUACACAAUUGGUUUACGAUUCGAUUCUCCCAAAUCUUGGUCAACACCGGGUCCGGGCGCUUAUGGAUCUAUUAAUUUUAGAAAUAAACAGCAAGCACCUCAAUAUAGUUUUGGUAUCCGACACUCGAUGUACAAAACACCAUUUAUUUUUCAACAGAAAAAGUAA